AUGGCUUCGAUUCUUACGUCCCCGCCACGAGACACCACUGGUUCGCUGCCUGACUCGCAGCCAGUGCAGCUUCCCACACUGCAACAAUUGACCCCUCCUGAGAUCAAGCCCGAGAUCAAGCAGGAGAAUGAACAGGAGAAGAACAGCCGUCCUCGGAGCGCGUCUGACGACAAGGAUGUCGACAACCUCGAGCUAGACGACGCCGAAGGUGAGGAGGGCGAGCAUGGAGGAGACCAGGCCCAUUCCUCGAACUCGGACGGCCCUGCGAGAAAGAGGAGAAGGAGCCGAAAGGGUCUGGACAAAAAGUUUGAGUGCCCCGAGAAGGGCUGCGGGAAAAGCUACUCGAGAGCCGAGCAUCUAUGUGGAAUUGGCGAUUGCCAGAGGACCUUCGUCCGGCUGGACCUGUGCAACCGGCACAAGGACCGCCACAAUGCCAAGGGCUCAGCCUUGAAUCGCAAAGACUCAAUGAUGAGCCAGGCUGCAGCACCAGUUACUCCGGUCACCGAUACCAGACCGCCUACUUUCCCACCGGCGCCUGGAUCAGCGUCUCCUGAAGUGAAUCGUCCUGGGACAGCAUACCCCAAGCCGAGAUCUAUGAGCUUACAAUAUCCGACGACGAAGGACGGCCUGGCCACGCCCUACAGCCCCAUGACGAGCACGCCACCAGCAUAUCCGAACGGGACCCAAAACGGUGUCGACUACAUGCGUCACGAUCCGAACUACACACACAUCCCUCCGGGUCAGGCUCAUCAUUCCCCAGCUGCCCCCCGACCGCCGGCGAUCCAGACGAAUGUUGGUCCUUACAGCGUCAUGUCUCCAGUUUCGGCACAACCUGGCUAUCAUACGCAGCCUCACAACACUCCGCAGUCUGCCAACGGCAUGUCAUUUGUGCCUUCCCAGAACUUCCCUGCCUUCCAGCUUCCUCCGUCAGACUUUGCCGCAAACUCUCAUCCUUCGCCUGCUUCCGUGGCCCCUCAGCAUCGGGAUGAGCAGCAGCAGACGUCGUACGCAUCGCAGCAGUCGACGACCGAGUUUGGCGAUCAGCAGCCUCAGCAGCAGGCGAGCGACAUGAUGCUGUUGGACCAGAUCGGGAUGCAGCAGACCAUGCCGGUAUUCCAGGUUGACGGUAUCAUCAAUAAGUCCCCUUAUGUGGCCAUGCCGGAUGAUUUUAUGGCAUUCUUAUUUAGCCAGGGCGGCGAGUCUCCCAUGACUGGCAUGCCGAUGCAGGGCUACAACAACUACGGGGACUUUGGCAACUACGGCAUGGGCUACUACAACGAUUCGAACCAGCUUGGAUAUUAUCCUCAACCGGCGGGGCCGCAGCAGGUUAUGUCGGUUACGAACCUGCUUGACCAGAAUCUGCCGGAGAUGGUUAUCUCAGAAGACAAGGCGCUCGAGGUGUACGAACUGAUCAAGGAGCGGUUCCACGACAAUGGCAGGACCCCAGUGGAGCGGCAACGCGAGAGCAUCCUCGAGGGCGACCGCAACGACGACAACCACCCGUUGAGCCGUAAGAUGAUGCAGCAGUACAUCGCCGCUUACUGGCUGCACUUCAGCGACCAAGUACCGAUUCUCCACAAGCCGACCUUCUCGCCGGAUAAGACGCCGAACCUGCUGCUGAUUGCCAUCAUGACGAUCGGCGCCGCGUGCCUGGACAAGGUGCAAGGGCAAAAGGGGGCCAAGGCAGGUACGCCGCUGGCCAACUUCCUGGCAUGGCAUCUGCGGUGGGAGAUGUUCCAGGACCCGAACUGCCGGCCGCCAGCCAAGCUCUGGGUCUUCCAGACGCUGCUGCUGCUCGAGUUGUACGAGAAGAUGUACUCGACGAGAGAGCUGCACGAGCGGGCGCACAUUCACCACGCGACGACGAUUACCCUCAUGCGCCGUGGACGAGCACUUAUCGGAAAGUCGGCACUCGACUCGCCGCCGAACCCUCGCGACGCGCAGAACGGAUCCAGGCAAGGCUCGGCUGCGGGUGCUACUACGCCGGAGGAAUGGUGGAACCAUUGGAUCAUGAACGAGGCGACUCGGCGGGCGGCAUUUGCGGCGUUCGUUAUCGACUCGAUUCACGCGACUAUGUUCGGCCAUUCGACGGUCAUGGUGGCCCACGAGAUGCGGUUGCCGCUGCCGUGUGACGACAAGCUGUGGAAGGCGACCAGCAGCGCGGAGGUGGCGAGGAUAGAAUCCAACCUCAUGUCGAUGGGCUGUAAGCCGAUCUCGUUCCUCGAGGGCCUGAAGAGGACGCUCAGCAACCAGGAAGUGCAAACGAACGCUUUUGGCCGCAUGAUUCUGAUGGCCGGCCUGCUCAGCGUCAGCUGGCACAUGAACCAGCGCGAUUUGCAGGUCAACUCGCUCGGCGGCGGGGUGAGCCAGGCGCUCGGAGGGCGCGACAAAUGGCGCGGCACGCUAACGCGGGCGUUCGACUCGUGGAAGAGCGACUUCGACAAGGCGCUGAUGAAGCAGCGCAGCGAAUUAUCGGCCGAUCCAUAUAACUACGACCUGCAGAGCCGCAACGAGGCCAACGUCGUCUUCGAGAGCCGCAUCGUCCUGCACCACCUCGCUCACAUGGCCAUGCACGUCGACAUCGUCGACUGCCAGAUCUUUGCGCGCGCCAAGCGCCUGUUGGGGCGGACUAUUGGUCCGCAGGACCUCAACAGCGCGCAGCGCCGUAUGAAGGAUGCGUGGGCGCCGACGGCCAAGGCCCGCGACGCGACAUAUUAUGCCCUCAAGUUCCUCCAGUCGGUGCUCUGCCCGGAGCAGUCAGACACUCCUGGAGUAUCAUAUCGUACUGACGGCGAGCUGUACUCCGCCAGCAGCGACGUGCUGCUCAACCGGCCGUGGGUCCUGUAUUUCGCGGCGCUGGUUGUCUGGUGCUACGGGUACGCGCUGGAGGGGGCUAGUCCCGGUAUUCCCCUGCCCACGACGCAGCAGGAGAAGGUGCAGGGCAUGCGAGAGUACUUGGCUAAGUAUGGCAGCGUGCAGUCGCCGGAGGAGUUGAAGAAUAUGCAAGGAAUUAGCCAUAAUACGCCGCUGUUAAUGGUGCUCAAGGACACGUUUGACGCGACGAGGUGGGAGCUCCUGCAUGAGGGCGCCACGCUGCUGAAUAAUUGUAUUCAGUUGAAUAUGGGGCAGCCGGUGGCUUGA